AUGACCAACCUCGGAAAAGAUGGCUUAGGAGAAGCUGACUUCGGCAUUGAUUGGUGCACCACCAUCCAAGACAACUACAGCGGUACGAAUUGGUCAUACGUAAACACAAAAGACAGUCACCCCUUCAAGACCAACAUUGUCGGCCAAAUCGCUACCUCUACGUGCGGCACAAAACAUUCGGCCAAAGGCACACACUUCACAAAAAAGAAUGUACCGCUGAGCGACUCGGACACUGUCAAAUGGAAAUGGGCCCUCUCCAAACCCACCAUGUGCUCGCCAAAGUUAACAGAUAUCUGGGAGAAUCAGCUGACAUCCAUCGAAAAUUGGAUUACCAAGGAAAAAAAGAGAGCAGCGACGGGAUCAAAGAUCAAUACAUGCAUCUUUAAGAGCCAGAAUGACUUGCAAUAUGCAGAUCUCAUCAUCCUCACAUCGCAACACAUUUAUGAACGAAAGACCAUGAAUGAGGAGAGCAUGGCAGGACAACAAACCAUGGGAAUGUCCACCACUUCCACAGUGAGCUCGAAUGCAAACGUAAAUGUCCCAAUGCCGACCGGGGAAGAAGUCUUUCAAGGAGCUCAUUACAAUCCGAGGAUCCUUCCAGAUUACCGCGGAUCAUACUUCCAGCUAAGGCAAAAUAUGCUUAAGCAGCUGAACAUUUAUGACACUCCGGAAAACAACCUCCAGCUUGUGCCCAUGCAUGAGACGUACUCCAAAUUGAGACCAGGAACGCUCAUUCUCGCAGUCUGCAAUGUGCACGUGUAUAACCUCAUCCAAAACGGGCAGCCUACAAGUACAUUCAAAUUGAGCAUACAAGCCAUCAAGAUCCUGGAUGCAUCUGAUGAGCCCAUUGAGGAACAAUUUAUCCCCAUACUUUCCUCGACCUCGACAGAGAUGUCGAAGGACAACUCGGCCAUUGCAAGCUUCUCAACGUUCAAUGUCGCUAGUAGUCCUGCGAAGAAAUCAAAGCCUGCUAAAGGAGGCAAAGGAAAGGAAAAAAUGGACUGA